AGGCCAGGCGCUUCCUGGAAGCGGAGCCCGGGCGCAACCGGCGGCGCGUCUCGGAGCGGCACUGCCCGCGGCGGAGAGGGCAUCGGCUGCCGCGCUCUGCACGCGGCUCUGCAGCUCCGGUCGGUCGGCCGGCCGGCCGGCCAGCCCAGCAACCUGCGGGCGCAGCGCUCCGGGGUCCGGCGGCCGGGCCGGGCCAAAAGUUUCGCCACCCUGGCCGGGUCGAGGAUGUCCUCGUCGUCCUCGGAGGAGUGCCGCUCGCCGGUGGGGCUGGACUGCUGCAGCUGCUGCCUCGACCUGGCCAACCGCAGCGGCCUGGAGGAGGGCCCCCUGGGCUGCAACAACAACCCGGGCAGCCCCGGCGCCAGCCCCUUCCAGCAGCUGCGGGAGCAGCUGGUGUGCGAGAACCUCAACGCCGACAAGCUGAGCCGCAUCAUGCGCCAGGACUCCCUGGAGCCGGUGCUGCGGGACCCCUGCUACCUCCUCAACCAGGGCAUCUGCAACCGCAACAUCGACCAGACGCUGCUCUCCAUCCUGCUCUUCUUCCACAGUGCGUCGGGGGCCAGCGUGGUCGCUAUCGACAACAAGAUCGAGCAGGCAAUGGAUCUAGUCAAGAACCACCUAAUGUAUGCAGUGAGGGAGGAGGUGGAGGUACUGAAAGAGCAGAUCAAAGAGCUGGUGGAGAAGAACUCCCAGCUGGAGCGAGAGAACAGUCUCCUGAAGAACCUGGCCAGCCCGGAGCAGCUGCAGAAGUUCCAAUCCCGGCUGCCGCUGGAGGUGCCCGCGCCAACGCCUGAAAAGCAGAGCCGAGGAGCAGCUGCCCCGGCCCAGCACACUGGGGGUUCUGCGGUGUAAGGUGGCUCUGUCCUUGGGGUGGGCAGAGCCACGGAACAUUUUCUACUUAAUCUCCUCCUGAGUGGUUUCCUUAUCUCUCUUUUGGAGGAUUCUGGCUGGGCGAAAGCUGCUGCUGGAAUGAUGCCCCGAAGGGGGCUGGUUAAAUUCCUGGCGGGCUGACUUGGGUUGGCCAGAGACUGUCUCCUGAAGUCAGGCGUGCAAGGGAGGGGAGCCCUGCACCACCAGGCGGCCCUGCCUGAAGGAGCUGCCGGCUUACCAUCCGUCCCUCCCUGCUCACAACCUUCUGAAGAGGACUAUGUGCUGGAGGAAAGGACCUCCUGGCCACUGGCACAAGACUGUUACUUGGAGGAAGGCAGCUAUUUAAAAAA